AUGUUCCUGUGCUACCGUUGGCAACUCUCCAUCCAGCAUGGUCCCGCCGGCUCUGUGGCUAGCUGGCCCCCACAGCGAUCUCAGUUUUCCAGCUCUGCAGGAGAGAUUGGCAAUUUUCUGCCCACUAAAGGAUCGGCCCGCCUACGAGAAGUUCAACUGAUCAUCAAGAAGUACCAUGAAUGCCAAGAAUGUUUCCAUCACUACACUGAGACCACAGAGAUUUGUGCUGGAGACUUGAAGAAAAUACAGGUUCCUUCCAAGGGUGACUCUGGGGGACCCCUCGUGUGUGGCAACAAGGCCUAUGGAGUUGUAGCCUAUGGGCGAAACAGGACAAUGUCUUCAGGAGUCUUCACCAAGGUUGUGUACUUCCUGCCGUGGAUAAGCAGAAACAUGAGGCUCCUCUAACAGGUGUCACAGCACCUGUGCCCGGCCAGCCUGUCUGACCUCAGGCGAGAACCACACAGAGUGGGCAGC